CGGAAACCUUCCUCACUCGAUAUUUUAUUAUUAGAGAACCAGAGAGCUUGGAGAGAAGCGAGCAUGGUGGUCUCCACUUCACUCUCCAUACUUCCAUCCACACGUUCAUUUCCUUCAACUUCAAGUACCGACUCAUCUUCCACCUCUACUUCUCUCACCUUUAUCCCUUUCAAAUACCAUUCCAAUUCCAAUCUCAGUUUCUCUAAACCACCUAUGGUAUCCGCUCUACGCUUCCCUCAUCAAUCUUCGAAAAUCUUGGCUUUCUCUUCGAACAAUACCCAGUCUGUUGAAAAUGGCUCCGCGGAACAGUUUUUGGGAAACAAUUCAAUUGCGGAUUUCAUGAGGUUCAAGAAAGGUUCCGAUAGAAGCAGCGGCGAGUUGCAGACUGCUCUUGUUAGUUAUAGAAAGAGGUUCCCUUGGUCUAUUUUUAACCCUUUUCUUCGGGUUGAUUUGGUUUCUACCAUUCACAUUGCAGAUAAAGAUUACUUCACCACCCUCCAGAAGGAACUUGAGCCCUAUGAUUGUGUGUUGUAUGAGAUGGUGGCUAGCAGGGAUAGUUUAGAGAAUAGAAGAAAUCCUGCUGCUACAAAGAGGCUGAAAGGUUCUCGCUCGAGAGGAUUCAACAUUCUAGGGUGCAUUCAGAGGCAGAUGGCUCGGAUUCUUAUGCUUGAUUUUCAGUUGGAUUGUCUUGAUUACAAGGCAGAGAAUUGGUAUCAUGCAGAUCUCGACUACGAGACCUUCAAGCUACUUCAGCUUGAAAAAGGUGAAAGUUUCUUCACAUUUGCGAGAGAUAUGACAAUCAGAUCAACGAAAGCCAUGGUACAGCCUGCUAUUCCAGAGGAACUUGGUCCAUGGAGAUCUAAACUUCUUUGGGCGUCUCGUGUACUUCCCAUGCCACUUGUAGGCCUUUUCAUCAUUGGAAGUGUUUGUGAUGUUGGAAGUCAGACAUCUGAAUAUCCAGAAAUAGAAGCCUUGUCCAGGCUCGACUUUGGUGCUGCAAUGAAAGUUUUCCUGGCAAAGCGGCUAACAUCUGAAUUCACGCAGGUGACAGCAGAUGUGGAGGAGGGAUCCGUCAUAAUUGGUGAGAGGAACAAGGCUGCACUGGACGCCCUUAAAAGAGCAAUGGAAGACGGCCACAACAAGAUCGCCAUAUUGUAUGGCGGGGGGCACAUGCCGGACUUAGGAAGACGGUUGCGAGAGGAGUUCGAUUUGAUCCCUUCCCAAGUGCAGUGGAUAACAGCUUGGUCCAUAAAGAACCGAGAUUUAAAGAGCAAAUCCUUCCCAUUUCUCACAAGGUUGGCUGAAGCUUUGGGUUGGCCAUUGAACCGGUACCAAACUUUAGCAUUGCUCAUAUUUUCCUCAAUCCUUGCAUUAGAUCUUUGGUUCUGGGAGCUGUUUUUUGGCACUACAGUGAACUGGAUCUCCCAGAUUGCUUCUCAACUUGAUCAAUAUGCCUUUAAUGCACAAAUAAUGUGAUAAUUAUACUGUUAAUUAUGAACAUGGAGAAAAAGCAAAAUCUGGUGUACAUGUUGUGAAACUGAUUGAAAAACACACUGAUUUAUUUGCCAAAACCAAAGAUGUCGAAAGAGUAAAUUUCUUUUACUGGGAUCA